AUGAAAUUAGGAGAUCAGGGACUUCGAGGAAUGAUCGGUGAAAAAGGAGAUAAAGGAGGAAUUGGGCAACAAGGUGUUAGGGGUGACCAAGGAAUCAAAGGCGAUGAAGGACCCAGGGGAUUAAUUGGUAACCAUGGUAGUGAUGGCUUGGAUGGAGACAAAGGAUUUCAAGGAUCAAAAGGAGACUCCGGACCCCCCGGAAGACAAGGAGAGAAAGGAAAACUAGGAAUUCCAGGCGAUAAGGGAUACACCGGUGCUAUCGGUUUAAAAGGGGAUAAAGGAGAGAGAGGAUUUAAUGGCGCCGUUGGAGACCGUGGCUCUCCCGGACCGAGUGGUCCAUCUGGUAGUAGAGGCUUAAGGGGACAAAUCGGUGCCAUCGGUAUUAAGGGAAGCACUGGUUUAGACGGUAUGAUCGGAGCCAAUGGAGAAAAGGGCGAACCGGGAGACAAAGGAUUGAUUGGUCCCCUGGGAAUCACGGGCUCACCCGGUUUACCAGGAAAAGACGGAACGCAUGGAUUGCCCGGAGAAAGAGGACCGAUCGGUAUCCCGGGAUCUAAUGGACAACAGGGAUCUCCAGGACCUGUGGGACCAAUUGGUAAUACUGGACCACUAGGACCUCAAGGUGAGAGCGGACCUCUGGGACCGCCUGGAAUUCAAGGAGAAGCCGGACAAUCGGGAAUUGGAGGUAAAGAUGGACCGCCAGGCCUUCCCGGAUUGAUUGGUGUGAACGGACCCGUCGGUGCUCCCGGUUCUCAGGGCGCUCCCGGCGAACGUGGACUGCCUGGAAACCAAGGUUCAGUUGGUCCGCCCGGACCCGUAGGUCUCAUUGGUUUGGUCGGUCAAAAGAUUAUUCCUGGACAUCUGAUUAGUCUAUCUGUGCCGCUCAAAAGCACGGCACUCAUUGCCGGUGCCAUAACGACACCAGAUUUUGGGGGCAAUCGCGUGUCCCCCAAUUACGGUAUAUGUGGAACAUUCAAAAAACAAGGUUAG